AUGAGCACGCAAAACGUUAUCGUCGUACCAGUAGCAGGUGAAGGUGCUCGACAGCCUGGGCAGGAUACAACAGAGAUCGCUACGACAAUUCAACAUGCUUUGGAAGAGAAUGCACAUCCGACGCAGCCACAGCCUGGACCGUUGAAGCAGAUCAUAGCCCAUCAAGAGUCGCUUUACCAGUACAUCAACUGGAAUGACCCGACCCGUACCUUGGGCUCUUACAUCGGUGUUCUCAGUUUACUGUUUGGCGCACACUAUCUCCCACUCACCCAAAUGGCCCUGAAGGGCGGAGUGACCGCCCUGGGAUUGGUAUCAGUUACCGAGUCAGCCAGCCGCAUGCUGGGCAACCGCUCUUUGUCCGCUCAGCUACGACCUAAGGAAUACAAGACGUUCCCGGAGCCGACGCUCAAUGCGACACUGAAGGAUAUUCAUGACUUUGUGCAGUAUGCUGCAGUUCAGACUCAGAGAAUCGUCUUUGGACAGGACUUACAAAAGACAUUUGCUUCCUUCCUCGGCCUCACAGCUCUAUACUGGCUCGUCAAAGCCGUCCCUCCCUUCUGGCUCGCCGUCCUAGCCGUAACUUCCAUCUACGCCGCGCCCCUCAUCGCCUCCCCCCGCGGCCGCGAAAUCGCCCGCGAAGCCGGCACAAACGCCCAGGAACUCGCAGCAGCCGCCACACACAACGGCCGCAUGCUCGCCCACGACGCCAGCUUCAACGCUCAGAAACUCGCAAACACCGUGACUGAAACCAGCCGCGCAGCCGCCCAAGACGCCACCGCCCGCGUCGGCUCCCUCGCAAACAGCACAAAGGAAACGGGUCGCGCAGCUACAAACAGCAUCAGUUCCGGUGCGCAGGAAGUAGCGAACCAGGGCAAUGCUCUCGCGCAAAAGGGUAAACAAACAGCGUCGGACCUCUCUUCCCAAGCCAAAGGCACAGCUUCGCAAGUCUCCAGUUCCGCAACUGGCAGCUUGAAGCACGCCCAACAAGCUGGCUCGAACGCAGCCCAAAGGACUGUCGAUACUGCCACCUCAGCCGCCAACCACGCUGCCAACCAUGCUGCGUCAACUGCCAACACCGCUGCCAACUAUACCAAAGACCACGCAUACACAAACGCCCAUGGCCCCACUGUCUAUUCUUCUUCCCCCACCACCACCACCAACAACCAUGGUAGUGACAGAGCUUCAACGCAUAGGGGCCCAGAAGCCGACCGCACCACUCCCCGCGGUAUCGCCGCUUCCUCCAAUCAACCAGCCUACACGGGCGCCAAAGUAACGGAGGCACAGGAACCAGCGGUUAUGUAUACGACGGCGAGGGAUGAGGCGCUUGAGCGCAGUGUUUUGGAGAGAUCGAGGGGAGUUGUGUGA